CAUAGUUCUGAUAACGUCCAUUAAAUUUAUACACCAUUGAUGACAUUUUGUAUGGAUAAAUAAUGGUAUUAGUUCAACCCACAAUGAGAAGAAGUUUGUGUUCCCAUUUUUCCGUCGUGUAAAGAAGCGGCCAAGCAUUUUUGUUAUCGUAAUUCAUUCCUGAAAUUGAAAUGAAAUAAACCAUAAUAUGUUGUAAUAACCUACUGUUAAAUAUCAAACUCAUUUAAUGAAAAUGUUAUUGUACUUGUAAUUUACAUCUGCUUGUUACAAACUAACAUUCACUAAAUCAAAGAGGAUAUCGUUGAUAGUAUUUCCUGCUCAGAAAAAUCCUAAACAAAUUAUUUUCAUCACACCGGGAAGUUGUCAACAACAAAAACACGGCAUUUGAUGAAUAUGGAGGAUGGUGUAUAUGUGAUCGCUUUACUGACAAUUUGUGUUUAUGUGUGUUCCAGCUCUGUUACCGUGGACCCGAACAUGUGUGGAGUAGGUGUAUGCUGUUUAAACUUUGUGCUUGAAGGAGAUAGGUGUAUAGCAUGUGGUCCUGGAAGAGUUGGAGGAAAUUGUAGCAAACACUGUCUCGAUGGAUUUUAUGGUCAAAACUGUAAGAUGAAAUGCCCAUUAGAAUGUAAACAGACAUGCGACAAAGUAAAUGGACUUUGCAUUGGUUACAGUUCAGAGAAUAAUACGAUAGGUUACAUAAAAGGGGACACGACAGAAAAUGAUUUAAAAGAAAAAUUAGCAGACUUCUUAGGAGAAAACAUCUGGAUAAUAAUAGGAGUAUCAUCAGUAUUUGUUUCUUUCUCCUGCAUUGGAACGCUUUUAUUUUGCAAAAAAUGUAAAAGUCAAACAGAGACAGUCACAAGGACAUUCUACAUCUCAGAUCAGAACUCUCAACAGUUAAAUGGUUUGAGGUAUGAGAGUGAUGGAGUGUUUAGCAACAAUUCAUCUACCUUACAACCCCCUCCUAGAACUCAAGAAAACAACACGUCAAGGGGAGAUAAUGCAUCUGCACAACCAGAAUGUGAAAACAGUAAAUCUAAAAAGCGUUAUAGCCUCGUUCGAAAAAUAACGAUCUCGCGUGAAAUGACGUCACACUCAGAGUACAGCGAUGACAAUGAUGACUUGUAUGACAGUGAUGAACUUGACGACAGUUUGGAUGUUUGUAAAAAAGUUCAAAUCUCAGACCUUCCAAAGAAAGAUUCCUUUAAAACGUUUCAAACCGAAGAUAUAAAAUCAAAGGAAGCUUAUGGAAAAGUAUGGCUUUAACAAUAUCUAUGGACUAGCAAUUUAUAACAAUUUCGAAUUGUCUUUGCAGUGCUACAUGAACUCUAUUUUUUCAGAAAAAAACAAACUUGUGUCAUGUGUAAUGUUUGUUAACAAUGGUCAUGUAAUA